GGUGUGUGAAUGAGGAAAAUAUUUACUAUUCCUAACUAUUUAAACAUCAAGCAUGUUAUAAAAGCUAUAGUACACAUUCUGUAAAAUAAGACUAAGCCUUACAUAGUACAACAGACAGCUACAACAGUAACAAUAACAUAAUCAAAUUAUCUGUUGGACUGUAAAACAAAGAUCAAAACAAGUUAUCUAAAAGAUAACUUCAAAUUGGGUUCAAAGCUGUUCAAUUGUUAUGUGAUUAAAAAGUACAGUUCCUACAUUCUCACUUUUUCAAUAUGUCUAUUAUAUACAUACCACGAGUGACCCAGCUGGAUUCUAUACAACUCGAUGCGGAAUUGGAAGAGUUAUUCAAAAAUAUAUUUCUCCAGGCUACAAAGUUUUUAGAGCCGGCAAUUCUCCAACCAAUUUAUCCAGAACUUGAACUAUUGAUAAGAUCAUGGAUAUUCAAAUAUUCUGUGUGUAAUAAGAAAUGUACCUUCGGUCAAGAAAUGUUAUCAUUAAAAUAUAGACCUGAUAAUUUUUCGAAAAGUAAACUAUAUUGGUAUUAUGGCUAUACAAUUGGUCUUAAAUAUUUGAAGGAGAGGGCUUUGUACAGUUUUACUUCCAACACCAAAGUUCAAAAUAUGUUACAUACAUUAGAAACUUAUCAAAUAAUUGGUGAUAUAUUGAAUUUUCUUCGCUUUAUUCAAAGUGGGAAACAUCCUGCUUUGAUUGACUUUAUUCUAGGCCUAGAAUUAACUGCAGAUAAAGUUGUGAGAGAGAAUUUAACUGAUUUGUCAUGGACAAGGGAAUUGCUGUGGCAUAAUUGCAUUGAAUUGUUUGGAACAGUACUCUCAUUAGUGAAUAUAUUUGGAUUGAGGCAAAAACUGUCAAAAAUAUUGAAAUACAUGUGGUGGAGAAAUUACGUCAGAUCUGCAUCUUCUCCAAAACAAGCGAUAAUGACAGUGAACACGGUGUGUGCUGCUUGCUCAGAAAAACCAAUCUUACCUCAUGUUAUGGGCUGUGCUCAUAUAUUUUGUUACUACUGUUUACAGGCCAAUAAGAUUGCUGACUCCGAUUUCGCCUGUCCAAAGUGCUACUAUAAUGGUAAAGAAAUAACAAAGUUACUUCUCAAUGAAAAUUAAUAAUAUGUUUUAUCACAUUUUGCUAUUUAUUAGUCUGUAAGGGUUUUAAUAAAAUAUGUAUACAAAGGGUGCUAG